AUGGACGCCAAGUCGGACGCGGAGUGGUUCUCACCUGAAGAGCUAGCAGCCGCACGCGAAGACUAUCUACAAGAACAAGAGAAGGAACAGCCAUCGCCUCAGGUCAAAUUGCGAUACGCCAUUGCAUUGGCGAAAAGUCGCAAACGUGACGACAAAUACCGGGCAAUCGGUAUACUGGAAGAUCUAUUGAACCAGGGUUAUGCUCCUAAGGAGAGCUUGUACUGGAUUGCUCUGACACUGUGCGGACUGGGCGAGUACCGUGCAAGUCGAAGCUAUUGUGAACGGCUGCUCCGCAUGGAGCCAUCACAUAUGAAGGCUCAAUUGCUGCACAAAAGGAUUAAGGAAGUCGUGGCAAAAGAAGACGGAGUGGUUGGCGUGAGCAUCUUUGGUGCAGUGGUUGUUGCGGGACUGGCACUGAAGUUUCUAUUCAGGCGAUAA